AAUUCACGACAUCCGUUUGGCACUUGCAUGUACAGUUACACAGAAAAGACCCUUAUCUCUUUUAAACACGAAGCAGAAAUUUACAAAGACUAAGUAACUAAAACAGAAUGAGUGAUAACAGUGCUGGUGGAGACUCCAACACUGGAAAUGGCACAAGCGGUAACAGUCAAGGCAAUGCAGGGGCCCAGCAGCAAACUGUCCUAAAUUAUAUGCUGACCAACAAAAUUGAAGCUGCACUAUGGCUGACCAGAAUUUUUACAGUAGUUUGUAGUUUUCUUUUCAUCUUUCCAAUCCUUGGGGGAAAUCCUUAUGGAUUUUACCAGAGAGCCCUGAUCAGUAAUGCAGCCACCAGUGCUCUGCGGCUACAUCAACGACUGCCAAACUUUCAAUUCAGUCGAGAGUUUUUUGCCCUCUUGUUCUUAGAAGACAGUUGUCACUAUUUGAUGUUCUCUCUAAUUUUCAUGAAUGGUUACCCAAUUACAAUGGCUGUCAUUCCUGUCUUUCUGUUUGCACUCCUUCAUGCCUGUAACUACACCAAAAAUGUCCUAAAUGUGAUGGGACCAGACUCCAUGCAGUUCAUUCGUAAAUUAAUUGACAAACUUCAAGUUCAGCAGACUAACAUCCUCCGUUUUAUUGCCUGUACAGAGAUCUUCAUCAUGCCAGCUAUCAUCUUCAUGAUGUUUGUUGGAAAAUGCAGUUUUUUCCUGCCCAUUAUAUACUACAGAUUUUUAUCCUUACGAUAUUCCUCAAGAAGAAAUCCAUACUGCAGGACACUGUUUACUGAGAUGAGGAUGACGGUAGAACACUUCACGGCGAUGCCUAACUGUCCCGGGGUUAUCAGGAGUGCCUGUCUGAAGGCUAUAGCUAUCAUUUCUCGCCUGGCCCCCCAACUACCCCAGUAACAUCUAGUCCUACAGUCUGAGUGUUCAGUGCAAUGUGAUAAGUGUGAUACAAACAAUUAUGAAGGCGGUCAGCUGACUCAGUUCAAGAGAUCUCAAUGUCUUAUGUACACAUUAUGUAGAUACUCAAGUUGACCUGAAGAUGCAUUUCAUUCAUCAAAAUGCAUCAUUUUUAAUCACAUUUGUAUAAUACGUUCACAAAAAUUAUUUUGAUUUUAUCCCUGUCUGAUGCAAAAUAAAAGGGGGAAUACAUGUAGGAGAUCAUUGGCAUACUUGUACCUCAGGUGCUUGUAAACUAAAUGAAUGCUAUAAGAUUUAAAAAAUGUAUUAAAAUUCCUUUAUGGAUUUUUAUUAGGGCCCCGCAAGGAUUUGCGGGUGCCCUAUAGUAAUCACUCUGUCUGUCUGUCUGUCCGUCUAGCUGUCUGUCCGUCUGUCAUUCUUCCGUCCACAAAUUUUCUGUUUUUUUCUAAUAACUUUUUUUAGGGUUGACCAAUUAACUUCAAAUUUUGUAUGUUGGUUGAAUAGGAGUAAGACAUAUUUUGAUGCUAAGUUUGGUUCUCUUUGGUAGAUUCCUUAACUUUAUAUAAGAGUGAAUGGGCAAAGAGAGAUAACUGCUGAGAAUGUUCCUAUUGUAAACUAGGAAAGGCUGCAAUGAGUCUCGUGGGAUUAAUUAACUUUCGUCUUGAACAAAAUCCAAAGCAAUUAUCUUUAUCUGCCACAUUGAGAUUAAUUAACACUUCUGUCUGCAAAUGAAGUUUGUUUUGAAGUUAAGGUCAAUUCUGAAUGAGGUUUACAUUCUCUGAAAUGUGGAUUUAAAUAAUGUUCAUACUUUAUUUUGGUAAAAUACACAAUGAGUUUUAUUGAAUUCUAAAAACAAGAUAUAGAUAAAGAUAUCUUUUUUAUUAUUAUUUUUUUCUUUCUUUUUCUGCCUUAUGUAAAUUCAAGCAUACUAUUUAUUUUAACAGGUAUUCAGAUAAUAACCUCAUUCUAUCAUUGCUGAAAAAGUUCUUAUUGUAAACCUAGAAGAAAAGGUUGAGAGAGCAGUAUAAUUUAUCCCCUGGGUUUGAUUAUCUUGCUGCUUGCAGAAAAUUUUAGAGGGUUAUCUUUCUGUCACUUUAAGUUUGAUUAACACCUUUGUCUGCAACUGAUGUUUGUUUUGAAGUUAAGGUCAAGCCUGGGUGAUAUUUGCAUUCACUGAAGGCUGGCAUUUUAGAAAACACAUGCUUCAUUCUUCUUUAAAUAUACAUUUAAUUAGAAAACACAUGCUUUAUUCUUCUUUAAAUACACUUUAAUUGAGUUAUUAUAGAUAUGAUGUUUUUUACUGCCUUAUGUAAAUACAAGGAAACUAUUUACGGGUUGUUGGAUAUUUAGCAGUUGCUUAUUCUUCUUUACAUAUUUUUGAAACUUUUGUAAUCAAGUAAAAUUCUCAUCCCCUUAUCUGCACCCUUAUAUUUUUACCCCAUUGGCGGGGCCCUUUGCUGACUGGUCAGAUUUCUAGUUUACAUAAUUGUAUAACUAAAGAUAAAUUUAUUAAAAUGCUGUUUGGGAUACAUAGAAGGUUUUAAAGUCCCUGGAUAGGAUAAACAAAAUCAGUUUAAAUAACUUUUAGUACAUUAAACUUGUAAUUUGAUCAGUCAUCAUUAGUUUUGUUUUUGUAAGUUUGUAUGUGACAAAUAAAAUUUCUAACAAAACACAAAA